AUGAGUCCGUUGUCGACGACUAUCACGGGACGAAGGUUCCCGAUCCAUACCGAUAGGGAGAAGCUGAAGGAUCGACUGACGGAACUCUUAGAUUCUCCCGAGUACGGUUGUCCGUUCAAGUAUGGCAGCAACUACUUCUACUUUCACAAUACUGGGCUCCAAGCACAUAGUGUUCUCUACAUGCAGAAAUCGCUAGAAGACGAAGCCGAGAUACUGCUGGAUCCGAACACGUGGAGCCACGACGGGACUGUAUCUCUUGGCACGUACGCUUUUAGCGAGGACGGCGAGUACCUGGCGUACGCCGUGAGCCAGAGCGGCAGCGAUUGGAACGCCAUCAAGGUGCUGCGCGUGGGGACCAAGGAGAACGAGUCGGACGAGCUUAAGAAUGUGAAUCACACGUCCAUCGCGUGGACGCACGACAGCAGGGGCUUCUUCUACAGCCGAUACGACGGUACAGUGCAUUGCUCAUGCUCAAUUCAAUACGUUUACCUCAUUAUAAGCACAUGGGCCAACUGCGACCACGCCAACCUUGUCCACGUCAUCAACCUCCACCAGCUGCCACCUGGACGGCUUGAUGGUGCUUCAGUGCACACCGUGUCUGCACCUGCUGGGAACGAUAAGAAGGAUGCGAGCAAUGAGAAUGAUGAGACUGUGGUUUUUAAAAGAGAUGAUGAGGAUGGUGGGAAUGGUGGGGAUGGUGGUCCUGUGCGCCUGCCUGCCAUCACCCUCAGAAGCCGCUUUGACGGCAUGUUCAGCUAUGUGACCAAUGACGGCUCUGCGUUCACCUUCCACACCAAUAAGGAUGCCCCACGUGGCAAGGUGCGAGGUCCUCUAAGCCAGUCCCACCCCCUUCUCUCUCCUCCCUUACAGAUCCGCUCACUCGUUGACGGCUCGCUCCUCUCCACCGUGCCUCUCCGCAUGGGCGCCGUCUCCUCCUCCUCCGGCCGUCGCAGCGACAGCGAGGCUUUCUUCUCCUUUGAGAGCUUCCUCUCUCCGCGCACUGUGUACCGCUGCGACCUCACAACCCCUCAACCUGAGCCGGAGGUGCGAGCUUGCCUUGCUAACCGUUUCCUCGAUGAUUUCGUGCCUGAUUCGUGUAUGCUUCAUGUGCCUCUGCCGUCACCUCCCCAGGUGUAUCGCCAGCUGACUGUCCCCGGCUUCGACCCCUCACUGUUUGAGGCGCAGCAGAAAGUGUUUGUGCCCAGCACCGGACGCCAAGCACUGAUGGCACCACGUGUGUGUACUUUCAUUACAUUUAUGCUUCAUGCGCCUCUGCUGUCACCUCCCCAGGUGUAUCGCCAGCUGACUGUCCCCGGCUUCGACCCCUCACUGUUCGAGACACAGCAAGUGUUUGUUCCCAGCACCGAUGGCACCAGGAUCCCCAUGUUUGUGGUGUGCCGUAAAGACCUGCCCCGCACGGCCGACCACUUCACGCUCCUCUAUGGCUACGGAGGCUUCAACAUCUGCAUCAAGCCAUCCUUCAGCGUGUCCCGAGUGCUGCUGAUGCGGCACUACGGUGCAGUGGUGGCAGUGGCAAAUAUUCGGGGUGGGGCCGAGUAUGGGGAGAGGUGGCACAAGGGAGGAGCAUUGGGCAACAAGCAGCAGUGCUUUGAUGACUUCUAUAGCUGUGCGGAGCAUCUGAUCAGCGAGGGCUACACAUCGCCAUCGAAGCUGGUGAUAGAGGGUGGCAGCAAUGGGGGGCUUCUCGUCAGCGCUGCUGUCAACCAGCGUCCACACCUCUUCGCAUGCGCCUUAGCGCAUGUGGCACUGACAGACAUGCUGCGAUUUCACGAGUUCACCAUCGGCCAUGCAUGGACCUCCGAUCGCCUUCCACCACUUCACCAUCGGCCAUGCGUGGACCUCCGAGUAUGGCUGCUCCAGCGACCCACACCAGUUCAAAUGGCUCCUCAGGUAUGCCUUCCUUUCGCAUCCAUUCAGCAUCACAUAUUGUUUCUCAGUAAGUCGCCUUCCUUCCACCGCGUCACCAUCGGCCGUGCAUGGACCUCUGAUGAUGGUUGCUCCAAUGACAUUCGUGCCUCAUCUCAACUGGCUCGUCAGGUAUGCCUCUGCAUCGCAUAG